CUCAUGACUGGAGGAGCGCGAAACUCAGAAUUCCACUAUCAAGUCAUCGAAGCAAAGCACCUUGUCUAUGGCUGCUGACCUCAUAUUCGUCAUACCGAAGUCUCCUUGAAGAUCACUCCCGCCGCAAUAUCUCACGUCUUGCAUGGGGCUUCCCUGGUGACGCACCAACUCUACAGCGCGUCACCAUGGGCCUUCUCAAAGUCAAUUCUCCAUCCGGUGCUUUGCCCAACGUAAUCUCACUUCUCGCAGCACUGCCCAAGGGUCUUUCCCACUGGAAGAAAUACGAGAAGAUGCGGUAUCAGGAGAAGCGAACCUUUUCCAUGGCCCAGCUGAAUAGACUCCGUAGAGAAUGACUUGCUGGCACGGACAGACCCUCAUGCAUGCACAUGUUCUUCGAGUUUCAAGAAAAGUCCCGUGUUGAUGACCCUGAAUUUGCAAUUCAAGUUGGGAUGAUGGCUGUUGCAGGAGCUUUGAC